AUGCGCAGCAAUGGCUAAGGUGAUGAAAUCAACAAUGAAAGAGACAAGACAUAGAUGGUGCCGGUGGCAUGUUCUGAAAAAUGCUAAGGACAGGCUAGGAAAGGUGUACUCAAAGCACAAAAGGUUCAAGCAUGAAUUCAACAAAUUGGUAACUGAUGAGACAGAUAUAACCAAGUUUGAAAGGACAUGGGAUACUCUGGUGAAAAAAUACAGGCUGUCAAAGAACAAGUUCUUAAAGCGGCUAUUCAAGUACCGAGAAAAAUGGGCAAAACCAUACUUCAUGGGUAUCUUUUGUGCAGGAAUGACAAGCACACAGAGGAGUGAGAGCGCCAACCAUAUGUUGAAAAGAUUCAUCCAGCGAGCCACGCCAAUGCACCUAUUCGUUGCCAAGUUCAAUGAAUUUCAAAGUGAUCGAAAUGACCAGGAAUCAAAGGAGUCAUUUGUCACAAACCAGGUACCACGCAAACUGAGAGUCGGCGUCCCAAUAGAAAACCAUGCUGACACAAUUUAUACAAGGGCAAUGUAUGAGAAAUUCUACGAUGAGCUCUUCGAAUCAGGGAGAUUUGCCAUAACCUAAAAGAUUAGUGAAUCUGAAUAUAUCGUGACUUAUACAAAACAAGACACUGAGGAAGCUACAACCGAAUUCACCGUCACAUUGCAAGGCACAUCCAAGGUAACAUGCCAAUGUGGCUUGUUCGAGCAUAUGGGGAUGCUUUGCCAUCAUGCACUUAAGGUAAUUAAUCCAUUUAAAAAUUCAAUCAUCUGGCAUCAAAUGAGAAGUGAUUUGUCCAUUAAAGAUAAGCAAAUACAUUAUCAUUGCUCCCCCAAAAAUUGGUAGGUACUUGUACACCUUGACAGGCAGGAGAUACCCGCUGGAAACAUAAUGAGAAGAUGGACAAAAGAAGGCUUAGAACACUCGCUCUCAGCGGACUCGAAGGAGACCAUGGCUGCUCAUAACGACAAUAUGCGCAAAAAACUCCUACUCGCUAGAGUUUUUGAAAUUGCCAACAAGGAAGCCAUUCCAUCAGGCUAUGGAAGCAAUGAAAGACUCUACGGAUCCACCCUUGGAACCAGCCCUUGCAGAUAUCACAAAUACAUCAGCAGCAGCCAUUGCCGAAGUGCGCCCAACAGCAUGCCGACCUCGGACCAUGCUAGGUGGCAGGCCGCCAAACACUGGCCUACAAUCUUGGCUCGCAAGCAGAAAAAGAUCCGGCAAUAAAACAGCAAACUCCGCAUCAGCUUUAGUUGCGGACUGGCCAGAUGAAGAGAACCCUCCCACUAAGAAGAGGAGGUCAAUUUCAGACAUUCUGUACAAGUGACCCGUCCCACUCGUAUUAGUAAACGGGGAUCAGACAUAACAAGGCUAUCAGAACCAUAAUUAUGCUAUUGACUAGCCCUUUAACAUUAUGCAAGUACAUGUGUUGAUUAACCUCUAGGAUUGCUAUGCAUGUA